AUGGGAAGAGCUGCGGGGGGUGAUGUUUGCAAGCGCAGGGAGGCAUGGAACCACCUGUUCCCCUGCCAAACAGGACCUGCACCAGGUUUCCGUCAGAUCUCCCAGAACAAAGUGGCCGUGCUGCUCCUGGCUGGAGGGCAAGGAACCCGCCUGGGGGUGGCCUAUCCCAAGGGCAUGUACAGCGUGGGGCUGCCCAGUGGUAAGACCCUGUAUCAGAUCCAGGCAGAAAGAAUCCGCAAAGUGGAGCAGCUUGCUGGCGAGAAAUACAGCACAACGUGUACCAUCCCAUGGUACAUCAUGACAAGUGAGUUUACACUGGGGCCAACAGAGAAGUUCUUCUUGGAACACAAUUACUUUAACUUGGAUAAGACCAAUGUGAUCAUGUUUGAGCAGAGGAUGCUGCCAGCUGUAACGUUCGAUGGGAAAGCCAUCCUGGAACAGAAGGGGAAAGUUGCCAUGGCACCAGAUGGCAACGGAGGCUUGUAUCGCGCUCUGGUGGACAACAAGAUCCUGGAUGACAUGGAGCGGCGCGGUAUCCAGUAUAUCCACGUGUACUGUGUGGACAACAUCCUCGUCAAAAUGGCCGAUCCUGUCUUCAUUGGCUUCUGCGUGUCUAAAGGGGCAGACUGCGGUGCUAAGGUGGUGGAGAAGGCCUGUCCCUCAGAGCCUGUCGGGGUCGUGUGCCGCGUGGACGGGGUCUAUCAGGUGGUGGAGUACAGCGAGCUCAGCGUGGAGAUCGCACAGAUGCGGAGUCCCGAUGGGCGGCUGGUGUACAGGGCCGGCAGCAUCUGCAAUCACUUUUUCACACGCAGCUUCCUUGAGACAGUGGCACAGAAAUAUGAGCCCCAGCUGAAGCAGCACGUAGCCAUAAAGAAGGUGCCCUACGUGGACGAGGAGGGAAAUCUGGUAAAGCCGCUAAAGCCAAAUGGAAUAAAGCUGGAGAAGUUUGUGUUUGAUGUGUUCCAGUUCUCUAAGAAUUUUGUUGCAUUUGAAGUUUUGAGGGAAGAGGAGUUCUCCCCCUUAAAAAAUGCAGAUGACGCCAGCACAGACACUCCCACCACAGCACGGCGGUCCCUCCUUGCUCAGCAUUACCGCUGGGCUCUGAAGGCUGGAGCCAGGUUCCUGGAUGAAAAUGGCAGCAGGCUACCAGAGAAACCCAAUUUAUCAGGAACUGAAGAUCCUCCUGCUGUGUGUGAGAUUUCUCCACUGGUGUCUUAUUUUGGAGAGGGUUUGGAAACACAAAUGAAGAACAAAGAUUUCUAUUCGCCCUUUAUACUUGAUGAGAGUAAAACAGAAAUGUUAGAAGAUGCUAGAAUGAAGAAAAAAUAAAAAUCUGGCCAUCAGCUCUAUGUUGGGAGCAGAUGCUACUAAGCUGUUGACUUUGCUAUUAAUGAUAGGGAUAAUUGAUUGUAUUGCAUUGUCAAAUUGAUGCCAAAUGCUAGUCACAAUUCAGCUGACAAAUAUAUAGACACAUGCUUUAAUUCUGUCUGCUAACUUUGAAGACAGCAUCUUUAUCUCAGCAUCUGUGUAGGUUCAGGUAUGAAUGAAGUUUUAUUUGUGCUCUGAGUUACUAAACAGAUUUUGUUUGUGUAUUUGAGCCUUUUCCUUUUAUUUUUGACGCUCUCAUAGGGACCAAAUCCAUCAGUAUUGCAGAUUAAUGGUUCUAAUUCACCUCUUACUACAUCUCAUUCACACCAACAUAAUUGGGGGUUGUGUGUGAAUAUGAAGAUUAAUCUGAUGCCAAAUUCUGUAAAGUGCUGACCUCCCUCAAGUCUCAUUCCACGUUCUAGGACUGGGCCCUUUCUCCUGAAUAUCUGGGUUUUCCCCCUCCUAAUCCUGCAAAGAGCCGAAUUCUGCAAUCAUUGCUGAUGAUGGUACUCACGUAAGAGCCCAAAUGCAUAGAAUUGGGCCUCUUUAUUUUACUGAAGCGCCUGAUGUGAAGAUAUUUUUCUUAACAUAAGGUUUGCAGAAUCAGGAAUAAAAGGCUUGCAUGUCCAGAUGUCACCUCUCCAACAAAAUACGGAGAUACGCAGGUUAGACGGAUUCUACCUGGCAUAGUAUUGCAUUUUUAGGUUGUGAUUUAGUCUGUAAAAAUCAGUAUAAAAAUGUUUUUAUAAGAUCCUGCCACUACUUCUGUCCUAGGUUUAAUUUUUUUCCCACUUUGCUUUAUAGCACAUCUCUAAUGUUUGGACUUUAUCUAAGUGCCUCAAAACAGUAAUUGAAACAAAUCCAGGUGGUAGAGAAAAGUGUUAACUCUGAAGGGCAAGAAUUAUUUAUUCCUAGCAUAAGCUAUAUAAGCAAAAAACCAGCAAUACAUGUCUUCAUAAUCUAGUGGAAGGAUAUGCGUCCAGUACUCAUUACUCUUUUUGUCCUUCUUAAAGUUACCUUUAAAUUAUGUUUAGUGAAAAGUGCGAGAUUGAUAAGUUGGGUUAUUAAUUAACAGUGCAUGUGUAGCAAACUGCACCUCAAUCUUGACCUGGGAGAGCCACCUGUUAAGGCUGGGGUUGAAAGUGCCUUCUCCUUGGACUCUGCAGAAUUUACUCUGACACUGGUGUGCUUUGUGGUGCACUGAUAUCACCAGAGUCAUUUCAUAGUUAAAAACAUAUAUAAAGUUCAGCCUAACACACCUGUCAUCCCCUGACCAGGUAGCUGUUGAUAUGGGUUUGUAUAGUGUAUGUUCAAAUGGAUGUUGAAUGUUCUUUUCCUAGCUCUUUGUCUUAAACUGGAACAAUAAAACAGAUUUGAAGGGAACUUCUCAAAUACUAAUUAUGUGUAUCUGUCAAGUAUUGGAUUAAAAUAAUUCUAGCAUUUAUGGUGAAUGACACUUUUUAUAAAACAAAGGAAGAUCACUAUUUUAUGUCUCCCAAAGUUUUUUUUUUUUUAACUACAGUUCUAUAAUAAAGAUAU